UGGUUUGGCGAUUUUGCUUUGGCUUGAUCAUCGCUUGUCUUUGCAGUCACCCUACUUCACAGGACUCCCAAGGAGUGCAUCAAUCCACAAGAGCCUACUGCCAAAUCCAGGAGUUCAAUCUAUACGACCUGGUUGAUACGACAAUGGAUAUGGGUGACGGCAGCUCACAGAGCUGUAAAAUAUCGAUGCUCUGGAAUUGGUACACGGUGGACGCAUGCUUCCUCUCCUCAUCAUGGCGAAUUCGAAACAGAGGCAUGUUUGCUGCUUCGUGCAUUGGAAUAGUCCUACUGGUUGCAUCGGUCGAGCUCAUGCGGCGAAUUGGUCAAGAAUAUGACAACUCCAUUGUUCGACAGUGGCACCGACAAGCGGCCAUGGCCAGCGAUCGCGCUGGUGGAAGAACUCAAGGAUCAGCCAGCUACUGCGAGAGACUUCUGUUUCGAGCAACUCCGCUGCAGCAGCUUGUACGAGCAAUCAUACACGCUGCCACCUUUGGAGCCGCGUACAUAGUCAUGCUUCUUGCCAUGUACUUCAACGGCUACAUCAUCAUUUGCAUAAUCGUGGGUUCCGGUGUUGGCAAGUUUGCUUGCCACUGGCUUUCUGUUGAGAUCGAUCUGCAACCCGGGGAAGGGGAAAGACUAUUACCAAAACCAAUAUUGCAGACAACUAUAUGUUGCGACUAGGCGUCUGGGUCAUUCCCUGAAAGCGGCUUCAUCAUCCCAUUUUCACCUGGUGUCAACAAAGAGGCCUGAUUUAUUUAGGCGAGAAUAGAGUUAUCGCUCAUUGAUAGCCUGCGUGCCAACCCGGUAGUGUCUUGAGUAUAUGCAUCCAAUGCAUGUCACGAGUUGAAGGCUGGGGAGAAUUCAUUGACUGCUUGUGGUUCAGAUGU